UCGAUCGGCAACACUCUGAUACAAGUCUGAUACGUAGUAGGUAUCUCUUAUUAGUCUGUGGUUACAGUUGAAAAUCUCGAAUGUCGUGUUUAUUAUGUCAAUGUUUUAGUUUUCUAUUAAAUACCAAUAAAUUAUGAUUGAGGGCUAUAUUAUUUUAUCUGACGAUGAAACUUCGAAUGAGAUAAAAACAAAUUCAGUCAAGGAGAAUACCAUUCAAAUACAACAAUCUGAAGACAUAGAAACAAUAGUCAUAGAUGAAGAUCUGUCUCAACGCAGGGAUAAAUCAACCAAUAAUAACAACUAUGUACCUAAACCUAUUUUUCAAUCGUGUUAUUAUCUCAAUGCAAUAUAUAAGGAAAACAGAUAUUUCGCCAAUUUUGUAGAAAAAUGUUUAGAGCUGGAGAACUCUGAUGGAAUGACUCGUAUACUCAACAGGACUUUGAUUGAUAGUUAUGAAAAGAGUGAAAAAAGUUAUAGAGAUUCACCAGUGUUCAAAAAAGUUAUGUUAAAAGCAUUGAACUGUCUUGAAGUAGAUCCGGAUCAUAAGUUUUCACAUGUGAAAAAUUUGGUUGAGACAUUGAAAUUGCAUUCAAGGAAAAAGCGAGUUCAAUUAACAACUUUAGCAACCAAUUUGAAUGGGAAUUCUGUGAAGAAAAGAUGUCUCAAAAAUAGUGAGUCUACCAUAAUAGAUUUAGACUCUGUAGCGGUAGCAACGGACAUACCUGUUAUUAAUUUAGAUGAUGAACAAAACAAUUUAGUGGUGCUUGAUGAAAAAGAUACUGAAGGAAAAGAAAACAGAAACACUCAGAAUGAAAGUGAAGAUAAUUAUUUAACGCCACAUAUUGAAGUGGAUUGGGGGCCUUUGAACUCCAGUCUUGAAAUAGACAAUGGGUUCGGACAAGUGCUACCUGUAGAGGAAUGUGAAAGCCCUAGUCCAAGUAUAGAUACGGAGAAGAUAAAAAAUAUUGAGUCAGAAAUAGCAUUCUUAAAAGAAAAGAUUACUGAAUGCGAAGAAGCAGAAGUGGAUGACGAUACUUCGAAUUCUCCUUAUAUUUUAUGUGAAAGGUACAAAACUAGAGUAGUGAAACUUUACAAAGAAUUGUGCAAAUUAACUGGGUCUGAUGUGGUGAAACAGCGGAAAGUGAGACUUCAGGUUCUAGAGGGGCACCCUGCAGGCCCAGUAAGAAUAUUAGAGAAAUUCAUUAAUGACAACAUAAGACACGACGGAAAGCCACCAUUCCCAGACUUCUGUGAUGUCGUCCAAUGUGUUAUGGUUGCGAAUCUAGAAGAUAAGCUAGGAUGGAGUAAGCAACAGGUUAUGAGAGAAGCGACAGCAUUGUUCACGCAGUGCGGCCGGGCGUUACAGAAACAGCGGCAACGGCGGGAGUACCGUGACCUCCUGGCCAGGGUGAAGGCAGAGCAGGUGGACUACGACCCAGCUGAUGAAGAUCCCACGCUCAACGCGCGACUUGAAGCCAAUCGGCGCAUCGCGGUUAAAAAAGAAUCAGAUUUGUUGGAAAGGUACACUAUUCUGCAAUAUCUACCUCCACAACCGUCAAAACCAAAGGAAACAGAAACUGCGGCUAAUGAAAAUAAUACCAUAGAAGACAGCGACGAAGACUCCAACUUUGAACCGCCUGUGCCUUUACUAUCUCAACAUGAAGAUGAGCAAUCUAUUGAUAAGACUGAUGGUGCCACCGAGGAAAGUUCAGAGAACAAUGGAAAAAGAGAACUAGAAGUGAAAGUAAAACCAGAACCUAUAGAUAUAAUCCAAAUGUUAGAAGACCUGGGAGGUGAUUUCACUACAACUGUGAUAGACAUCGAAGAUCCUUUUCUAGUGAUAGAAAUAGAUACUUCAGAUGAUGAAGCUUAGACUGAUUGUAAUAAUUAUGUAAAGGUAACAAAAAAACUGUCUACGUUUUCGUCCAGUUAUUUAAGACUUGAAAUGCAUCAACAAGUUAUUAAAACCAGAGUUGAUGAGAUAAUUUUAUAUUACUGAAUUUUCUAAACCCUUGUGAAAAUAUGUUAGCUAGUUUUUUUGUGAUAUUUUUUAAAACCACGUUUUUUAAGUUUGCAUAUUGUUUCAUCUGUGAUGAUUUUGUUUCCCCUAAGAGAAGAAUGUUAACUUUGAGUGAAUGUAUUUUUUAGCAUGCUACGAAUUACUUAUCCGGUUAAUUUAUAUUUGAGAAACAUUUUUAACAGACUUCAAAACAAGGAAGUUCUCAAUUCUUUUUUUAAAAGCUAUUGUUACCAAUUAAGAAGAACAACAGCAAAAUAUUAAAUAUGUAAUACAUAUUUUAUUAUAUUCUUGUGUAUUUUAUUUUGGGAUUUCGUCUUGUCUACACUUUUUGAAAAAUUAAAGUAAAAGAAAAGAACAAAACAGAAACACUGCAAUUCGGAUGCAGCUGAUUGUAAUGUGUGUAUUUCUGUUCAAAAUAAAAAGGUAAUCAAUUACAACUCACGGUAGUUCGUUUUGUACAGAUUUAAUUCGACAGACUGUUAAAUAAUUACUGCAUUUACAUUUAUUGGCCUUUACUAUUAAAUUCGGUACUGUUCAUAUUGACAUGACUUACGAAAAAGACAGUGGGUAUUAUAUGCGUUCAGUAACUUACACACGAGACUUACGUAUAUUUACACAGAACUAGUCAGCUUACCACCAGACCAUUGCCCCGUUAUAAAAAAUAAUUUAAGAUUUCCUAAGUAAAAUCUGCACAUUUUAGGAUCGGUUAAAUUUCGAUUUUCCCUUAGCACAAGGUCUUUUGCUGGUCAAACAAUUUCAAACAAAUACAAGCGUUGCUUGAGUGGUAAUCAGCAUUUCAGACUUGCGGUUUUGACGUGCCCUCUCUUUAUCAAUUGGACUUCUAUUGAGUUUGCGCGAUAAGUGUUUUAGUAUCAACAAGUGCAGUAUUUCGAAAAUGCCAAUUACCGACCUUGCACCUACUAUUACAAUACUUUCUUAUCAUUACAAGCAACAGACCUCGAGCCUAAGAGACAAAUCAAUUCCUAACGAUAACUUAGACGCACCAAUACUCAUAAACGUUCAGGAAUAACCCACAUCAAACGUUAUCCUAUACUUAGGAUACAAAUUCAAAGUAUCUUCCUCCACCCCAGGUCUUAGGGAUCCUUAAAACGCGCAUAAUGAAAGUUAUAUUAUUUUCACUAAAGUAUUUUAUUGUGCACCUCCCGAUGACUUUACAAAUACCUUAGGUUUUUUUGUAAAAUAAAAACCUGAUUACAAGCUGUUGAGUAUAAAACUUCACCAACAAUAACGAUUA